UACCCGUACCCUAAUCAAGACGCAAGGUUAUCAAGUCGUUAUCUCAUUAAGACCUUGCACCAUGAGCGUCCCUGGACGGUGUGUGCGCUCUAUAAGUUUGCACUAUUAUCAUUAUUAUUAUUAUUACAUGCACAAACUGGACUUUGAGCUUCCGCGCUUGACACUUCACAAUAAUAUAUUUACCCCUUGCACUCUUUGCUUAUUCAAUAAUUAAAAUCUGUGCAGCUUAGCUCAAAUUGAUCACCGCUGUGUGUUGACUAGCAUACAGUGGCAAUACGUUCUGUCAGACGGUGAAUUAGACCCGCAGUAUCUUCUGGAUAGACACGUGUAAACAUACAUGUUUGAUUUGCAUUUAAUCAAUUUAUCAAGAUGAGUGGGCAGCCGGGCCAGCUGACCGACAAACAAAAAGAGAAGCUUUCUAAGUUCAAAGACAACUUGAAAGAUGUCCUCCUGCCCAAACACGAUGACGUCAUCCUUCUUAAAUUUCUCAAAGCAAGGAGGUUUGACUUGAAGAAAUCUGAGGACAUGUUCAGGAAGGAUCUAAAAUGGAGAGAAGAAAACAAAGUCGACACAAUGAUGGACUGGUUCAAAGUACCAGAGGUUUUCAAAAAGUACUGGGCCGGUGGCGUCAGCGGAUUGGACAAGGAGGGUCACGCGGUGUACUUUGCUGAUUUUGGGAACCUAGAUCCAAAGGGACUCAUGUAUUCGGCGAAGGUAAGCGACAUCCUGAAGACCAACCUCUAUUACAUGGAAGAGCUCAUGAAACAACAGAAAGAUAUGUCGACGGAGAAAUAUGGACAUUCGAUAGAGGGCGUCGUAGCAGUGAUUGAUCUGGAGAAGCUCAGUAUACAUCAUCUGUGGAAGCCAGGUAUGGACGUCCUUCAGAAGGUAUCUGUGAUUAUGGAGCAGCACUACCCAGAAGCCAUCUACCGGCUGUACGUGGUGCAAGCACCCAAGAUCUUCCCCAUCGCUUUCUCCCUCAUCAAGCCCUUCUUGAGAGAGGACACGAGGAAGAAAAUUCAAGUUCUAGGGAAUAACUGGAAGGAGGUAUUGACGAAGCAGAUAGAUCUUGAUCAGCUGCCGGCACACUGGGGAGGAACUAAGACAGAUCCCGAUGGUGAUACUAAGUGUGAAACGCUGAUCAAGCCAGGAGGUAAGGUACCCGAAUUAUUCUACCUCAAGGACCGUAAGCCGCCCCAUACCCACACAGAUCGUGAGGUAUCAAGAGGAGGCAAUCUGGAAUUCGAGUACGUCGUCACCAAACCAGACAGUGUAUUCAGGUACGAAUUCCGGACAGAAUCCAGUGAAAUCAAAUUCGGCUUCGAUCGCGUGGACACGAAGGGUAAGAAGACGGCCAUUUUGAAACUGGAGAAAUACAACAGUCACAUGGUACCUGAGAACGGUGAAAUCAUGAUUACUGAACCUGGAACAUAUGCGGCAAAGUUCGACAAUGAAAGCUGGACCAAACCUAAAAAGCUCUCCUAUUGGCUGGAGCUACUGGAACCCAGUGACGUAGAUCCAGACUUUCAGGAGAUGGGCGAGGAGUUUUCCAAAAUCGAUCUUAACGAUUAGAUCAAUACAUCAUCGUUAUUAUCUUUCAGAUGGAUCGGUAUUCAUGCCCAAACACUACCCAAUUGCAUUUCUAAAAUGGGAACUAUAUAAUUUGGUUGUGUGUUCAAAUUUUAGCAAUAGGUGAUGAUCAAGUUUGACACGUUAGAGGGUAUACCUACAUCAUCUAGACACAAACUUAUAAACAUACGUGUAUUUGCAUGGCACAUUUUAAAAGGAAAUGCAUAUAAAAUAAUAUCCUAACAGUUUUGGGGGUGCUAUACUACAU